CGAUGAGGCGCUUUGCAUGCCUGAUGAGACGUCACAGGGAAAUAACUCAUCUAGCUGGGCAAAACAAAGAAAUGGAGAGGAAGGGAAUGAGUGGGAAAGGGAGACCGAGCCGAGGAGUAGGAGAAGGUCAGCUUUCCUGAAACCAGGGACUUUAAAUGUGUUGAAAUUGGCUUUACUUUGGAUAUUAAGAAAGAUUACCACACUAAAGGAUUAUAAUGGGCUUCUUCACAUUCGUCAAAUUGAUGAUGGUCUUGUUCAACUUGCUUAUCUUUUUGGGUGGCUUGACCUUGCUGGCUAUGGGCAUCUGGGUGAGCGUGGAUGGGGGCUCCUUCCUCCAGCUGCUGGGGCCUUUCUCCAGCCAAGGCAUGCAGUUUGUCAACGUUGGCUUUUUCUGCAUUGCCAUCGGGGCCAUGCUGGUCCUGAUGGGGUUCCUGGGCUGCUGUGGGGCCCGCAAGGACAGCAAGUGUCUGCUUCUCACGUUCUUCUCCAUCAUCCUCAUCAUAUUCAUCGCUGAAGUGGCAGCUGGAGUCGUGGCGUUGGCAUACUCUUCAUUUGCUGAGGGGAUCAUCAGAGCGUGGGUGACCCCUGCUUUACAGAAAGACUACGGCAGCGAUCCUGUGGUCACAAAGAUCUGGAACACCACCAUGACAGAGCUGAAGUGCUGCGGUUUCAACAACUACACAGACUUUGUGGGCUCUAAGUUUGAAGAGGAGAACGGAGGUAGUCUACCCCCCACCUGCUGUUGGAUUUACAGCGCCCCCUGCAGCAGCAUCGAGGCAGAGCGCAGCGAUGUGCAGGGCUGUUUCAAACACAUCUUGAAGAUCCUCAAAGAGCAUGCCAACAUUGUGGGAGGCAUCGCUGCAGGAAUAGGAGUAUUGGAGAUUGCUGCCAUGAUAGUGGCCAUGUACCUGUACUGCCACCUCGACAACAGAAUCAGCUGA